ACAAAAAUGACAAAAUGGCGUUAAUAUAACAGCGCUGGAAUCCUUCCCAAAGAUCCCACUUUCAUUUCCGUUCUUCUCUUUCUCUUUUUUCCUUUUCCCUUCUUCGCCUUCAACUUGAACACAACCAACGACGCCGUUUUGGUGGAAAACUCAAAGCGGCUCAAGAUGGUGGUGAAGAUGAUGAAGUGGAGGCCGUGGCCUCCUCUGGUGUCGAAGAAGUACGAGGUGAAGCUUGUUGUCAGAACUCUCACUCUCCACGGCUGCGAUCUGGUGCGGCAGAGUGAAGGCAAAGGGUUUGCGCUCGAGAUUAGGUGGAAGGGUCCCAAACUCACCCUUAGCUCCCUUCGUCGCAACGCCGUCGCCAGAAACUUCACCGGAGAAGCACAACCUGACCAAAACGAUGUCGUUUUCUGGGACGAGGAGUUUCACACAUCUUGCACCCUCUCUGCUUACAAGGACAAUGCAUUUCACCCUUGGGAGAUCGCUUUAUCUCUCUUCACCGGGUUAAAUGAAAGGUCAAAGACCAAGGUUUCUGUAAUUGGAACUGCAUCUUUGAAUCUAGCUGAAUUUGCAUCUGCGGUUGAUAAAAAGGAUUUUGAUUUGAACGUUCCGCUCACUGUUUCUGGUUCUGUUGACUCUUGUCCUUCACUCAGUAUAUCAAUUAGCUUAGUGGAGCUAAGAGCGGUUCAUGAGAGCACAGAGUUAGUUCACAAAUCAAUAGUGCCUUUGCCUUCACCCGUUGGAGAAACUACCUUGGUAGAGAAAGAUGAGCUUUCGACGAUUAAAGCGGGUCUGAGAAAAGUGAAGAUUUUGACAGAGUUUGUGUCUGCUAGGAAAGCAAAGAAAGCGUGUCGUGAGGAAGAGGGAAGUGAAGGGAAUUUCUCUGCUAGGAGUGAGGAUGGUGAAUACAAUUACCCUUUUGACUCUGACUCGCUUGAUGAUUUCGAGGACGGUGAUUCAGAUGAGGUGAAGGAGGAUUCCAGUGUGAGGAAGUCAUUCAGUUAUGGAAAACUGGCAUAUGCAAAUGCUGGGGGAUCAUUUUAUUCUAGCAUGAGGGUGACUGGUGAAGAUGAAGACUGGGUUUACUACAGCAAGCACAAGUCAGAUGUUGGGGGUUCGCAGAUAGAGGAUUCAAGUGUUUCAUCCUCUGAGCCUUAUGUAUUGCAGAGUUCGAGGCGCAGCAUAUUGCCUUGGAGGAAGAGGAAGUUGAGUUUCAGAUCUCCUAAGUCUAAAGGAGAGCCACUGUUGAAGAAGGCUUACGGAGAGGAUGGCGGCGAUGACAUUGAUUAUGAUCGUCGACAGCUUAGCUCAGAUGAAUCCCUUUCACCCGGGAAGACUGAGGACGAUUCAGGUGCUAAUCGAUCGUCAGUAUCUGAAUUUGGGGAUGACAAUUUUGCUGUUGGGAGCUGGGAGCAGAAAGAAGUAAUGAGUCGUGAUGGCCACAUGAAACUUCAGACACAGAUGUUCUUUGCCACAAUUGAUCAGCGCAGUGAACGUGCAGCAGGCGAGAGCGCAUGUACAGCUCUUGUUGCAGUAAUUGCUGAUUGGUUCCAAAACAAUCACGAUCUUAUGCCAAUAAAAUCUCAGUUUGACAGUCUUAUACGAGAAGGCUCGUUAGAAUGGAGGAACUUAUGUGAAAACCAGACAUAUAGGGAGCGAUUCCCUGACAAGCAUUUCGAUCUUGAAACUGUCAUUCAAGCCAAAAUACGACCCCUCUCUGUGGUUCCUGGGAAGUCAUUUAUUGGUUUUUUUCAUCCAGAAGGAAUGGAUGAGGGAAGAUUCGAUUUUCUGCAUGGGGCCAUGUCUUUCGAUAACAUCUGGGAUGAGAUUAGUCAUGCUGGCCAGGAGUGCACUAAUAAUGGUGAGCCCCAGAUUUAUAUUAUUAGUUGGAAUGAUCAUUUCUUCAUCCUCAAAGUUGAAGCUGAUGCUUACUGCAUCAUUGACACUUUGGGAGAGAGGCUUUAUGAAGGAUGCAAUCAGGCAUAUAUCUUGAAAUUUGACAGCAACACAGUAAUAUACAAAAUGCAAGAUGUUACUCAGCCGUCAGGUGAAAAAGCAACCAGUGACCAGCAAACUGUUGCAGAAGUAUUAGAGCAGAAUGACGGGCAGAUCCAGCAAAUAAUUGGCAAAGAGGUGGAUUCUGUUGCAGAGACAGACGAACAGUUGAAGAGUCAGAAGGAGGAGGAGGUUGUUUGCAGAGGGAAGGAAGCUUGCAAAGAAUAUAUUAAAAGCUUCUUGGCAGCAAUUCCUAUUAGAGAAUUGCAAGCAGAUGUCAAGAAAGGUUUAAUAUCAUCAACUCAAACCCCGUUUCAUCAUAGACUACAAAUUGAGUUUCACUACACUCAGUUGUUGCAGUCUUAUUCUGUACCUCCAGUGGCUGAAGCAUCCAUGACUGUGCCAGAGACUCUUGCUCUUGCAGUAACUGAGGCUUCCACAUAGUUGUUGUACUGUAAAUUAAAGAAAAUGCGGUUUCUCUAACUAGUCUUACUACCUCAGAGUGUUUUCUGAUUUGAAGUGAAAUUAACAAAAGGCUCCCCUUGUUUUGCCAAAUCUUUCUAGUGAGGGGUAUCCUGUAAAUGUCUCUGUAAUUUGCUUUUCAUGUGAGCUUAAACUUUUGGCACCUAACAUGUAGUUUGCAAAAGACUUGUGAAUUGGCUUUAUAACAUUUGCACUAUGAUUCCAAGAUUCUAUUUAUUUAUUAUUUACUGAUAGCAGAGGUAUGAACAAUUGGGUAUGGUCUUCGGAGUUACACAGGAAAAUUAGAUAUUGGUUUUCCGUUCCUCGUUUUGUUCUGUCAGUAUAUCUAUAACAAUUUAGUUUUGCUU